AUGUCCAGUUUCUCCAUCCGUCUGUACAAGGACUUGGACUAUGAAGUGGUCAGGGGCCUGUUUGCCCGUGGGAUUCUUGAGCACUCUCACAUGGCGUUCCGUCAUGCCAUAAGUGUCACACGAAAUUGGCUUUUCAUGCUGGUCAUGUUUCUGGUUCCUUUGUGUGUUACUGGAUCUGUUAUUUUGUCCAUCUUGGCUGUGGUCAUUGCAUUAAUUAUAAUAUGGAUCUGCUCCAGAUAUGUUUAUUCUUAUUAUGUUGCUCACUGCCUGUCAGAUGACAUGUUAAACAUCCAGAAAUAUUACCUGCAGAGAGAUGGUUAUAGAUUUUGGGUGGCAGAGUCUGGUGGGGAAGUGGUGGGUGCAGUGGCUGCUGUCCCAUCAUCGUUCUCCAGUGAGGAGAAGCACACAGAGCUCAAGAGACUGACUGUUGCCCGGAGUCACAGAGGUAAAGGGAUCGCUAAAGCCCUGUGCAGAACAGUUAUCGAAUUUGCCCGAAAUAGAGGCUCUGACGCUGUUGUCCUGGAGACUUCAUUGCCCCAAACUGACGCAUGGAAAUUGUACGAGAAAAUGGGUUUCCACAGGACUCUUACUAUACGUCAAUUAUAUGUCACAUUCAGAGUCAUAGACUUUGUACUCUUUCGUUACCAAUAUGACUUGUUGGCAAAUAAGUUAUUUUGA